AUGCCUCGUAUUUCGUUUAUAGGUGCACUGGUGCGGCAAACAGGUCUUUUUAUUGCAUGGUUGCCGGUGCUAGUUUUUGUAAAUGAUCAUUUUGUUAGUGUAGGAAUGGUAGAGGGGCAAUCAAUGCAACCAACAUUGAAUCCUCAUGUAAAUGGUCUGUGGAAUGAUUGGGUGUUGCUGUGGCGAUGGGGACUUCAUCGUCGGGACGGCACACUUGCAAUUGAACGUGGACAGGUGGUGAUGGUUAGAUCUCCGGUUGAGCCAGAAGCGUAUUUGGCAAAAAGAGUGAUUGCAGUAGAAGGAGAUGUAGUGCAGACGCGUUCACGAGCUAGUGUGCGUGUAAAGAUUCCAAAAGGUUAUAUAUGGAUCGAAGGAGACGAAGGUUUUCGAUCUUGUGAUAGUAACACAUAUGGAGCGAUUCCUACCGCAUUGGUUGAAGCAGAAAUUACACAUAUUAUAUGGCCAUGGUGGAGAAUUGGUCGUGUUAAGCAAGGUUCUGGACGACAUGUAAGAGUUUGCCCAGGAACAGUGGAAGAUUUGUCUGUAUCAAGGUUUAGAUCAUAA